AUGCCUUCGUGGAAAGAAAAGGCACUUUCAUAUAUUACAAAAGAAAAAAUUACAAAAUCCCAAGUAGAGCAUUUAUCAAGCAGUGCCGUAGAAACGUGUUUAGAACGAAACGAUUACAUAACUUACUUUUCAAACUCAUUAAAUGACAUUUUAAACAACUGUAAUGUAAAAUAUAUUCUAUCAGUAUUAUAUGUAGUUGACGGUAUAUUAAAACUGCUUCACAAGAAAAAAGUUAGCGAUAACAUAUUACAAAAUUUCAAAACAUCAUUUUCCUCAAUACUGGAAAGGAAUGAAAAGAAAAUUUUACAACAAACACCUGAACCCGACUGUAAAAAACUUAUAAAACUAUUUCAGUUUUGGAUAGAAAGAGAUGAUUUCGAUCAACAUUUAAUUAAAAAAUGGGUAUAUAGAAUUUCCGAUGACCUAGGAAUAGAUUUAAGUAAUAGUAACAAUAAUAAAAACAAUAAUAAUAAUAAUAAUAAUAAUAAUAAUAAUAAUAAUAAUAAUAAUAAUAUUAAUAAUAACAAAACUACCACCACUACCACCGCUACAACUAUUGCAAAAAGCCAUAAUAACAAAAGAGAAUUUAGUAAAGAAGAUGAAGUAUUUAAUAAUAAUUUUGAAAUCAACGAUAUAUUAGAACCCGAAUUAAAAUAUCAAAAAACUUCACAUAACAAUAUAGAAAAUUUUGGGGGGCUUUCAAUAACACCAAAUAAUAAUAGACCAAGGAAACACGAUCACAAUUAUAUUUAUUUAUUACCAACAGAAAUGUUUUAUGAAAUAUUUUCAAAUCUUUCGGUAGCAACCUUAUCAAGGAUAGCAAGAGUUUCAAAAUUUUUUAGAUAUAUAACUAUUCACCUACCAUUUAUCAAGGCAAUGACAUUCGAUGUUAAUAUACCACCAGAUGAUAUUAGAAGGGCUCUAAUUCAAUUCAACAUGGUAGUUAAAAUUGAUUUAUCAUUCAAUAAGAAUAUUUGUGAACCCAUUAUUCAAACCAUUAUAAAUCAUUGCCGCCAUUUGAAAAAGCUCGAUGUUUCUGGAUGUUUGGGCCUGGAUCUGGGAGUGAUAUCAAGUCUGCUUGGUGGCAUAGUUGAAAAAAAGAGAAAAUCAAAAACAACAUCCAUACCAAAGUCAAAACCGAGCAAAAGAGCACUCCGCGAAAUUCUAUAUAGUGUUGAAAGAGGCUUAGAGAGUCCUUUAUCCAAAAACAGAGACUCAACUUUCAAAACCACUGGUCACCAGGAGAUGGAUAUUACCGUUAAAGAAACUACCCCACCCAUUGUAGAAACCGAACCAAAUUUUAGAGAAACUCUCGAAUCAUUAUCAAUCUCACAAAUUGUAGAUCAAAAAUCAAAUAGAAACCAAUUAAUUUUUAAAACCAUUUUUAAUGAUAAAAAUGGUACAAAUAUCAAUAAUUUAAGGAAAUUAGAUAUUAGUUGUUGUCAUGGUUUGAUCUUUUUAACAAUGCAAGAUUACCAAUACCCCCUAUCAAACACCAUCCAGACGUUAAACAUUGAUUGCUACUGUAACCACAUUGAUAUUAAAAGCUAUUCUGUUGGUCUAUCAAAUAUACCAAUCAACUUUCCAAAUUUAAAAAAACUUUAUUCGCUGUCUGAACCAGGUCCAGAGUUCCCAAACCUUUCUUCGCAACCAAUUCGAGUUAUUUCAAAUAAUAUUUGGAAAGCAGUUUUAUCAAAUGAUAUUAACCAAAUUAACGACUUGUUACAAUAUCAAACUAGAUCAACAUUAAAUAAAAGAUAUAGCAGUGGAACUACAGCAUUAUAUGCCGCUUGUAAAUUUGGAUAUGUAAAAACAAUAGAUUUAUUAUUAGAUAGAGAAGAGUGUGAUUGGUCAAUAGGUGACCAGAAUGGAAUUACCCCAUUAACAAUUUCUCAAAAUAUAUUUAUAGUUCAAAUGUUAUUAUCAAAAGGGGUCAAAGCAUAUAACGAAUUUGAAAUCACUUUUGUUAAGGUGUGUGAGAUACUACUAAAAUAUCACCCAUUCCUCAAUAAACAAUCAAAUUCCAAACCAACGGAUCCAAAAGAUGAUGAAUUUGAUCAACUUUUAAAACUAUUACUAUUAGAAAGGAAAUUACCCGAUGGUUUUUUAAUGACAAGAGAAAUUUUUCAACAAAAUGCAAUUUUAAUAUGUAAAUUUAUAAAGAAUUUUGAUUUUUUUAAAUCGUAUAUUGAAAACUCGUAUAGAAAUUUAAAAAGAUUUGAACUUGUUCAGCAAACACUUAGAAAUGACGAUAUUUACGACAGAUUUAUAUUUGAACAUUUGGACAAAACAUAUCAACAAAAAAUUUAUUUAAUACUUUUUAAUAACUACAUUAAAUAG